CUUGAAUGCAUGCCACCGCCGGCAUCAGUCAAUUGCCCCCCGGUCCAGCUGAGGAUCCAACUGAUGAAACCUCAAGGGUGCCUUCUGGGGUAGCCCUUUGGUGCCUGUUGAUCAACGGCACUAACAUUUUUUGCGCUCUUACCCUGGAACGUGCGUUAGCGAGACUUCACCACACACUAGACUACCAGACUACGCCUUCUGCCCAACUCGACAAGUAUUAAACUGUGUAACACUAAAUGAGAUCUUCGCUUUUUCCUUCCCGAACCGGAACUGAGACGUUCGCGUUCGCAAGCAUCCCCUCUCAUGUCACGCAUUUUUGUUGGCUUUUGUCAGCUCAGCUAUCUCCGAGGCGGGACCGGUGUGUCUGACAGUGCAGUCAGUGUCUGCCACAACGAGCAGCUGCGAGGCCAGAAGUUGCAAUUUUGCUGGGGUUUCUUUACGGGCUUCUUCAAAGUUCUUCCUCAUAACCAGGCACCAACACCAAGAAACAACGAGUUGUCACCGGUUCAAGCCGGCAGGCCUGUAUGGAAGUGGAUUGCAUGGCACGCCUGUCUGUGAGACACUGCACUUUCGGUGUAGAUUUAGCGCCUAUCAAACGUUCUGGACGGAUGAUUGUCUCAGGGUGCCGAUCUCGCUGGGACAACGGUCGAAACAUCAACCACUGUUAUCUUUGAGGUGUAGGUAAACUAUUUAAAGAGGAGAGAGACACUGAAUGAUAUUGAACUUGGCAAGGUUAGUGAGAAGACCAGGUGCCGGAGUGUUGCUCAUCCGGGAGGUGUUGAGAGACUCUACUCGACAGUUUUCAACACACAGGAGUUGUUGCGAUUCGCUCUUGACGGAGUUGUG